AUGGUCACUGUCACACAUGGUCACUAUCGCUGGAUGCGGCACAUUCUCUCCCUGCUCCUCUUCUCCCCCUGUGUGCCUGUUCCGUUCCCCACAUCACUUCCCCCUUCCGACCCCCGUCCCUUUCCCUAUCCUUCUCUCCGUCCCUCCUUCCCCCAUCCCUCCCACCGGGCUCUCUGUCCCUACAAGGCCAAUUUCACCGGUGUGGCUCAGUUCCUUCUCUACAACUACCAUCCCCAGCUGCCCUGUAGCCUCACUGUUGCUAUCCCCCAUCUACUACCCACCAUAUCUCCCCAAUCCCUCCCACCAGACUCUUUGUCCCUACAAGGGCAAUUUCACCGAUGUGGCUCAGCGCUCUGCCCAUACAAGGGCAACUUCACCGGGGCGGCUCAAUUCCUUGAAUGCAAGUACUACGCGCCAGCUGCUACUCUCUAG